AUGGCUAGUAGAAGAGUAAUAAUUGUUGACUUAGAAGACCAAUCUAAUGAUCAAAUAAAUGCAUUUAUGCAAAAAGUAUCAUCAAUGUUUGGAGCACCUCCAUUUAACUGUAAAGAUGAAUGUAUGGGUGCAAUUAAUGAAAGAAUACCAUGUUCAUAUGCUAUAAGUUUACACGAUGCUACUUAUGCUUACUUUUUAUCAUUAAAUAAAACAGCUGAAAAAUAUGGAUAUUUAUCAGUUAAUUUAGCAAGAAAUGGGUCUUUAAUUAAUAAUAUGAGUGAAGGGGAAUUUUCUGGACAAACUGGGCGUGUAAUUUUAGAUAAAACAGGAAAUCGUCAACCAAAUUUUUAUGUAACAAUUUUGGAUGCUUCAGAUCAACCAACUGUUAUAAUGAAUAUUUCUAUUGUUUUGGGAGUAAUUAGACCUUUAUAUAAACCAAUAUGUGGAUAUACUGGGACAGAAUGUCCACAAAAUAUAACAACAUAUAUAUUAAUUGGUGUUGGUUUGGUUUUGUUAUUGUUAGUAGCUACUUUAGGUGGAAUUGGUUAUGCUGUUCGAGAAAAAUUAAAAGAAAAGGAACGUUUAACUAGAGAAUGUUUAAUACCUUUUGGAGAAUUAAAAAAUAUAAAAGAAUUAAAAAGUAAUGAAGAUAUGAGAAGUUUAGAAGCAAAUAAAAGUUUAAAAAGUUUACAAAGUAGCCAAUCUGGCAGUACAAAAUUAACAAGUAUGGAUGAUAAAAAAUUGGAAACAGAAAAUUAUGCACAUUUUUUAUAUAAUAGAGAAGUUGCUUUUGCUAUUAAAUAUCAAGUUAGAGUUAGAAUAUUUAAUGAAGAUUUUGUGCUUUUGAGAAAGAUACGUCAAUUGGAUCAUGACAAUUUAAAUAAAUUUUGUGGACUUUGUACAGAUGCUCCAAUUCUUUAUGCAAUUUGGAAGCAUUGUCAGAGAGGGAGUUUAAAAGAUUUAAUUGCCAAAGAGCAAUAUGUCGGUGAUUCUUUUGUGAUGUUUACUUUAAUGAGGGAUAUAGCUAGUGGAUUAAUAGCUUUGCACGGGUCAUUUGUUGGAGCACAUGGAAUGCUUUCCUCAGAGAAUUGUUUAAUUAAUGAUCGUUGGCAAGUAAAGAUUAGCGAUUUUGGAUUGAAUAUGAUUAGAGAAAGUCAACCAAUGUCAAAAAGAAAAUUAUUGUGGACAGCACCAGAAUUAUUAAGAGAAAAUAAUCGAAAAGGAACAAAAGAAGGAGAUGUUUAUAGUUUUGCUAUAAUUUGUUGUGAAUUAGUUAAUAGAGAAACUGUUUGGAAUGGAGUUGAAAGAGAAGAUGAUGUUGAUGGACCAGCAGUAGCUGGAGUUGUUGGAUUGACAAUGCCUCGUUAUUGUUUAUUUGGAGACACUGUAAAUACAGCUAGUAGAAUGGAAUCUAAUGGAAGACAAAUUAUUUAUCGCCUACGACGAACAAAUACAGCAAUCCCACACAGACCUCAGUUGCAUCCAAGGGAAGAAAUUAAUCAAAAUCUCAUCCAUUUAAUACGAGACUGUUGGAGUGAAAUUCCAACAGAACGUCCAAGAAUUGAUCAAGUCAGAACAAUGUUAAAGCAAAUGGUUAGGGAUCAAUAUGCAAGUUCUUUAGAACAAGAAGUUGAAGAAAGAACUAGAGAAUUAGUUGAAGAAAAAAGAAAAAGUGAUAUUCUUUUAUAUAGAAUGCUUCCAAAACAAGUUGCCGAUAAAUUAAAAUUGGGGGAAUUUGUUGAACCAGAACAAUUUAGUGCAGCAACAAUAUUCUUUUCUGAUGUUGUCUCAUUUACAACAUUAGCUAGUAAAUGUUCUCCUUUACAGGUGAAUAAAUCUCUUAAAUAUUAUAGAGUUAGUUAA